UCCUGAUCGGUUUUCACUAAAGAUAAUUGGAGGCAACAUUUGAUAUGGACAAGAAUGAUGUUUCACCAGGCUCAUCUGCUGCGACCAUGAAAAAGAAGGCGGCAGGCGGUAGCGGAUGUAGCCACAUCAGCGCGCCCAAAGCUCCCACGUCCAAUUGUACGAGAAGCAAAAGCAGCAAUUGUGUUGAGUCUGCCCCCGCUGCAGCUGCCAGCCAGAGCGCCCCGAAUGUGAAGCAGCCCGGCGUGGCCAGUAACGCUGUCAUAGACGGUGCGGAGGACGGUGAGGACGAGUCCAAGUUUCAGUAUCCGCGGCUGCGCCGAACCGGGGGGAGCGGCAGUGGCGGUGGUGGUGGAGGCGGUAGUAUCAGGAUGAAGAACUUUACGCCAGGAGGGGGAGCCGCGGCCACGGUUACCAGAAAGAACUCCACCAACAACGAGCCCAUCCUACUGCAAACAGAGGGUGCGCCUGCUGCUACUAAGCCCACUGUAGCAUCCAAAGCGACUGAUACCACAACCUGUCCGGGAGAUGCUGCCGGGCGCUGCGAGACCAACAGAGCGGCAGGGGCGGAGGCGUCUGGAGCAGCGGUCGCAGUAGAGGUUUUAAACGCUACAGCAGGUGAUGCUUGUAACAACAGCACCGCUCCAAUUUCAAGAAUGAAAUGCAACAAAAACGGAGAAUGCAGGAGGGACUCCGGCACCGGGAGCCUGCGCUCGAUCAUCUCCAACAAGACUGCCGGGGCGGGGAGGGCCGAGGACGCGUCCCUUAGGCGUGGUGCCUGUAACUCAGCCAGGGCCAGCAUGGAUGGCUCCGCGACAGGCUCCAUGACGCAGGGCCAGGGGGAAGGUAGCGCAAACCCCAGCGUCACCCCUGUUUCCACCGGUGUCCCCGAGAAAAAGGACUCCAGGGUGUCCUUCUCCAACGCGCCAAGCAGGAAAGCCUCCUCAUCGCUGCACGGAUCGACCCAGACCCAGACGACCCAGCAGCCUAGAAACUCUGUCACCUUCCAGAAGCCGGAGGAUGGACCCCAGAUCCAGGCCGAGGAUGCCGAUGCUGACGGAAGCACCUUCAUGCAACGACAAUUCAGUGCCAUGCUGCAGCCUGGAGUUAACAAAUUCUCCUUACGCAUGUAUGGGAGUCAAAAGGCGGUGGAGAGGGAGCAAGAGCGGGUUAAAUCAGCGGGCAAUUGGAUUAUCCACCCCUACAGUGAUUUCAGGUUCUACUGGGAUUUCACAAUGCUUCUCUUCAUGGUGGGUAACCUGAUUGUCAUCCCGGUGGGCAUCACCUUCUUCAACGAUGGGACGACCACCCCCUGGAUCAUCUUCAACGUCAUCUCCGACACCUUCUUCCUCAUGGACCUGGUCCUCAACUUCCGCACUGGCAUCAUCAUCGAGGACAACUCUGACAUCAUCCUGGACCCCAAGACCAUCAAGAAGACGUACCUGAAGACCUGGUUCAUCGUGGACUUUGUCUCCUCCAUCCCCGUGGAUUAUAUCUUCCUGAUCGUGGAGAAGGGGAUCGACUCUGAGAUGUAUAAGACGGCCAGGGCCCUGAGGAUCGUACGCUUCACUAAGAUCCUGAGCCUGCUGAGGCUGCUGAGGCUGUCCCGGCUCAUCCGCUACAUCCACCAGUGGGAAGAGAUCUUCCAUAUGACCUAUGACCUGGCCAGUGCAGUAAUGCGUAUCUUCAACCUGAUUGGUAUGAUGCUGCUGCUGUGUCACUGGGAUGGCUGUCUGCAAUUCCUGGUUCCCAUGCUGCAGGACUUCCCCCAGGACUGCUGGGUCUCCCUCAACAAGAUGGUGAAUGACACAUGGUCUGAGCUGUAUUCAUUUGCAGUGUUCAAGGCAAUGAGCCACAUGUUGUGUAUCGGCUACGGUCGGCAGGCCCCGGAGAGCCUGUCUGAUAUCUGGCUCACCAUGCUCAGCAUGAUCGUAGGGGCCACCUGCUACGCUGUGUUCAUAGGCCAUGCCACCGCACUCAUCCAGUCCCUGGACUCGUCCCGACGACAGUACCAGGAGAAGUACAAACAAGUGGAGCAGUACAUGUCCUUCCACAAGCUGCCAUCCGACUUCAGACAGAAAAUCCAUGACUAUUAUGAGCACCGGUACCAGGGGAAGAUGUUUGAUGAAGACAGCAUCCUAGAGGAACUGAACGAACCACUCAGAGAGGAAAUUGUCAAUUUCAACUGCCGUAAGCUGGUGGCGUCCAUGCCGCUGUUCGCCAACGCAGAGCCCAACUUUGUGACAGCCAUGCUGAUCAUGCUCCGCUUUGAGGUCUUCCAGCCUCGUGAUUACAUCAUCAGAGAGGGCACCAUUGGCAAGAAGAUGUACUUUAUCCAGCAUGGAGUCUGUAACGUUAUCACCAAGGGAACCCUGGGAAUGAAGCUCUCUGAUGGCUCCUACUUUGGAGAGAUCUGUUUGCUGACGCGGGGUCGGCGUACGGCCAGCGUCAGAGCGGAGACGUACUGCCGUCUCUACUCCCUGUCUGUGGACAACUUUAAUGAGGUGCUGGAGGAGUAUCCCAUGAUGAGACGGGCCUUUGAGACCGUGGCCAUUGACCGGCUGGACCGCAUAGGCAAGAAGAACUCCAUUCUGAUGCACAAAGUGCAGCACGACCUUAACUCCGGCGUUUUCAACAACCAUGAGAAUGAGAUGAUCCAGGAGAUUGUUAAGUAUGACCGUGAGAUGGUCAAACUGGUGGACCUCCAGAGACCCCGCACCAUGUCCAUGACAUCCUCCGUCCCUGGGGGCAUGUUCUCCCCCGCAGGCCCAUCCGGGGUCGGGGCCCUCGCCAGUCUCCAGCAGGCUGUGGCCAUGAGCUUCUGCCCCCAGGGGAUGGGGCCGAUGGCAGGGUCAGGGACGCUGCAGUCCCCCCGUAUGUUGCGGAGGUUCCAGGUGGUCCAUAGCCUGUCACAGAGCCCUGUUUCCGCAUCUCCUCUCCAGUCCCAGCCACCACAGAUGGCUCAUGCAACAGGAGUGUUUGGGUCGGCUAUUUCCAGCCCACCAGUCCAGAGCCCUCUGGCGCAUCCAGGACGGACAUUCCAGUACAUGGGGGGAGCGGGGCCGUCUGGGUCUCAGCUGUCCCUGGUGCAGCACCACGUUCCCAGCCCCACGCACACCAUCCAGAGGCCCUCCUCACAGAAAAGCACCCACUCGCUCCACUCAGGCACCCUUAGCCAAGAUGCCCGUGUCCUCUCCGCCUCCCAGCUCUCCCUCCCUCAGGAUGGAACCCCUCCUGCCGGCCCCAGCCCUCCCCAAUCUACCCACCCAUCCACCCAUGCCUCCUCCACCUCCAUUGGCCCCCCUCAGCCCACUCACCCCAGCCAGCCUGGGCCCUCUGGGGUGGGGGUCCAGGUUGGGGGGAGACCCGCGGGAGUUCCACAGCGGGUGGCCUUCGCCUCCACUCCUCCCCCAGGAGGAGCACCCGGGAUGGGGGCGGCUGCAGCGGCGGCUGGGUCGGGGCUCCCGGCCCCUGGAGCUCCUAAGAAGGAUUCGAUCGUUAGCAUACCGGAGUUAGACUCAGCCCGGAACCGGCUGUCUUCCAACUUGUGACCCUAUGAGAGCUGCAGGAGAGAGGCCUUCUUCACAUGGGUGAAUCUAAACGUCUGUUUAUCUCUGUCUGGAUGACCUGACUGGUCGGCUUCCUUACUGACCUGGCUGGCUUCAUAUGGGGCCACACCGGCAGUCAUUCUAGCUGAGUGUCCUGUGUGUCGGUCGGAGUCAACAAAGAGGAAAGAGGAACUCUUUGGUUCGUGUGACUUGGAGAGUCGAAACAUUUAACUAGUUUAACAAAGGUGGGACUGGACUAUUCUACUAUGCCAGCACCUGUAGUCUUAGUAUCACCCCUUACACUCUGCUUCCAAACACCUAUAUUGCUGUCUUUAUUGUAAAGAUAUUGAGAAACAACAUCAUUAAUGUAACUGUUGCAUACUGUGUAGAAUCCAUACAAUGCAAUCUAGCAGGAGCUGGACUUAAAAACGCAAAAUCAGGGACUUGAAUCAAAUGACAAUGAUGACAUUUUACGCUUUCAGAAUGUGUUUUUAGGUGUCCUUUUUUCUGUAAACGCUGUUGUAGCAAAAUAAAUACAUUGCUCUUCAUAUUGUUUAAAAUAGUAGUGAAGGUAGUGUUUUAGACCGCUGGUCGAUCUUACAUCGAUGUGUAAAUAGUUAAAAUAGUAAAAAAAUAAAAAUAGCGAAAGGUAAUAUCUUCAUUGUAACUACUCCAAACCAAAGUUGAGCUUAAACACAAAGUUUGGUUGUGUCUGUAUCAACUAAAAAAGAAAUAUAGAAGAAAAUGCCAUUUAUUCAACUGCCUUGAUUCCAAGUUUAGAAGCCAUAUAUUUGGUUUGUGUGUGUGUGUGUGUGUGUGUGUGUGUGUGUGUGUGUGUGUGUGUGUGUGUGUGUGUGUGUGUGUGUGUGUGUGUGUGUGUGUGUGUGUGUGCGUGUGCGUGUGUGUGUGCAUGAGUUGGUAUGAAUGUUUUUGGUUCCAUUCUGUUUUUCCAAGAGAGCUGACUUGUGUACUCAUAUCUUUACACUGCGUUGUCAGGCCUGGUUGGUUUGAUUUGCUGGCAAUGGCACAGGCAAUAUUUCCCAGCUUUUCUGUCCAACUAAAUGUGUCUGGAAAGAUAUCCACUUGUCAUGUCAGCAGAAAUAUACUGAUUGUGACCCUGGAGGCAAAAAUGGUGGUAAAUCAUCUGAGCUUUAUCAAAAAGAACCAUCGCAAACAACCCAUACUGUAUACUUGCUUGUUUUCAUCCAGGUUUAUUGAUUAAUACAUGCAAUAUAAUUCUGCAAUACUUUUACCCCGCCUAUAUAUUUAAAUAUAUAUAUAUCAAAUGUAUAUACAUAUGCUGUACAGGUAACUAAUUUCUUUAUUUUUACUGUGAAACCUUAAAGAAUCCAGCAGCUGCCGUGGCUUCACAUGUUGUGUUAUUGUAAUCCAGUGACCACGUUGUUAUCUUAACCAAAAAUAUCAGAGGAAGUGAGUGGAUGUCAUUCUUUUGUGGAUCAAAUGAGGCAAACUGGUUUCAAACUGGUUCAUGGUCACCUGAGGAUUCUGGAAUGGAGUUAUGGAAAUCAACUCCCCCAAACUGUCACUUUAAAGUCCAGUUAAAGUAAUAUUGUAUGUUGUAAAGAAAGACUAACUAAUUGACAGAAUGCAUGCCAAUGGGAAUUGUUGUGGGGCAGAGGAGGAAAGUAUGUCUUCACCUGUGUGUUUUUGGUGUAGUAUGUGAUACAGCUCCUUCGAAUCUCAAACUCUACGAAUGUCUGUACGAAAAUUAUUUAUUCUUCAACAACCCUAUUUAGUUCUCAAAAUUCAUGGUUGUGGCGGGUUGUGACAUUGAUUAUAAAUAUUCUAAUGAUUCUAAUCCUGGUGUACUUCAAAGCCUUCUCUUGCUGAAUGUAUGCCAUAUGAGGGGGAAGACAGCUAAUCAGAAAUAAACUGCCAUGUAAAUACAAGGACCGAAAUUAUUCUGGGUGACGAUGCGAAGGGAGAUUGUGUCGCUGAAUGUUUGUGCAAUGUUUCUUAGGUUUAUUGCUUCUCUGGUCUGGCUGUGUUCUUUAUGUAAACUGUGUGUUAUCCCAUUCUCUGUUCUAUGAAAAGACAAUACACUUUUUUAAAUGAUUGGAUGUAGGACAGAGAGUUGAAACCAUUUUCAGUUUGUCACUGAGAAGCAAAACAGCAACACAGCAAAAUUGAGCUCAACAUUAAGCACAUUGUGUCACAUUAUGACCUUUUAAUGGGGAAAUCACAGCUUCAGUCUUUUACAAUGGUCACAUCUGGUUAAUCUAAUAAUGUCUUUGGGGGGAAAUCUGGGAGAAAAUUGGCAGCUGAGUUGUCGUACCAUUUCUGACUUUUGAAGCUUUGAACUUUCAUGAUGAUGGACAUGUCACUCAGGUUUACCACCUUUCCGGAAAGAUAUACAGAUCUGCUAUCUUAAUUUGAUCCCACUGUUGUCGCAGAGAAUUUUCCUGGGCAACAGGAAAUGCAAAUUGUAGUGUAUUCAAGGUUUAAAAAUAAUUCUAAAGUUUGUAUUUUCCACUUAAAAAUUUCAGACACAAUUUUCCCUACCGAAAAACACCUACAAAAAUCCAUUAAAUAUAAUACACAUAAUAAUUACAAUUUUGUGUUGCUAAAGGAUUAUUUUACUGCUGUGAGAAGCAGGGUCAAAUUAAGAUUCCACAUCUGUAUGCUUUUAUUGAUCCCUUAUUGGUUCACUAUUGAUUUGACCUAGCUACAGUUACUGUACAUCUGUAUGGUUUUAUUGAUCCCUUCUUGGUUCACUAUUGAUUUGACCUAAAUUUCACAUAAGUUCUGGAUCACUCGAUAGCAAUUAUUAUUAUAGACAAGUUUAUCACUUAUAUUCUGAGCCACAUAUCAAAAUCUAAUGCUUUGAGCCUAUCAUUUUUAACUGUCACAUAUUUGAAGUCAGAUCAUAGUCCCCAACAUAUUACUAUAAUGACUGCUUGUUUUCUCCAAUGGGAAAAGUGCAUGGCAAAAUGCCUAUACAAUUAUGAAGGAGUUAAGUCCAAAUGAGUGAACUCCAGUUGUGCGCUUCAAUGCUGUGUCAUUGCAAUCAAUUGGUCCUCUUACCUAUUCCUUGUAUGUGCAAAUACCCGAGUUUGCCCUACUAAGCUGCUAUAAGGACUGUGCUGAUAUCAUUUGUAAAGAUUUGAAUGAUUGUCCACCUGCAGUGAAAAAAAGAAGGGCAGAGAAAAAAUGGCUAUGUUCAGGCAAUAUCAUCUCUGUUUCCGUGCAAGAGUUCCCAUGCACCCAGCAUGACUCUUGAUCAAUGAAUGACACCUCAGUGAAUUUUCUUGAGUCCCUUGCAUCUGUUAUGUAUAAGACAGUGUUAUGCAGGUUUUAAGAUGGCGUAUUCAAGUAAAGUCUUACUGUUCAUUUACUGUUGCUUUUGUUCUCUGUGAAAAAGAGACUUGCAAUGGAAUGCAAGUGAGAUUCCCCACAUAUGCUUGAAACCAACCAACGAUUAUUGAGAGACGGUUAUCUCAGUUUAAAAUCUCAAAUUCUUGCCGUACCAGAUAUGAAAGAUAUUAAGGGUACUGAAUACCUUAGUGUUGAUGUCUUAGCAUAUCAGUGUAUUUUAUGUUUCUGUUUCGAUAAGUAUUUUUGGUUUGUUUGUUUUGUUGUUGUUUUUGUUUACAGUUUGCCCCAAUGCACAUGGACAGCAUAUACUGUACCUUGUGCCUUGUAUAUCUAGUUUCCACAUAGUCUAUUUUUGUGGUAUGUACAUGCUUGUAGAAAUGCAAAUAUGUGUUUUUAUUUUCAACUUGCAAUAUAUGUACAAAUGUUAGCUAAAGACUAGUACUGCUGAAUUAAAAUGACAAUGUCAGUAUAUAUCAAUUUCCCUGGUUUGGGAAACACAAAAUUACAAAUUUUUGUUGGUUUGAUCCUUCAAACACCAUGCGCUCUGUACUCUACUCAUCUACUGUAUGUGUGACAUACACAGAGUUAUGGAGGCACAUUGUCGUGUUUGUACCACAAUCUGGUGUAAUCCAAACAUUUUCUACAAUGAGAGGGUGAACUUAAAACAAGCUUUUUCGUGGAGUUUACGCAGUCUAGAUAUCACCUCAGACAACUAACAGUGUUUGUGGACAACUGAACUCAAAUCAAGAAUCAUUCAAAUGAAAAUGGACACCCCAAAACUGUUCAUCUGAAGACCAGGGGAGCAGCAGCAGGACCAAGCUUGAUUCCUGUUUCUCAUAUCUGUCUGUUUGACUAACCAAUGUAUAUGCUUCUGACCUAGAGGGGAUGUUUGGUUGAUAAUUCCUUGUGGGACCUUCAAAUCUAGACAUUUCUGUGUAACCAACUACAAUUAUUUAAAAUGUCAACUAGUCUGACAAUUAUUAUAUCUUAGUGUUGUAGCUACUGUAGCCUGCUUAUCUAAGCCUUCUCUCUGCUUUAGGACUCUCUGUAUAGUGUGUGUGUGUGUGUGUGUGUGUGUGUGUGUGUGUGUGUGUGUGUGUGUGUGUGUGUGUGUGUGUGUGUGUGUGUGUGUGUGUGUGUGUGUGUGUGUGUGUGUGUACCUGUGCCUUUCCUUCUACAUUGCUGGUCCCACUUGAGAACACCAAGCUAGCUCUUCAGGCCCAUUCAAGCAGAAACAGACACAAUUGCAAUCUGAGAGCUGCCAUCUGAAAAAGCAGUUUAUUUUGGAAUCUUUUGACAAAAGAGAUUCUAGAUCACUGCAGCUAGCCUUCCUAACAGUGGUUCCAGUGCAAAGGGUUCUCAGAACUCAAGUGGAAUUCUAUAUUCCAGCCACUGUGGGUUUAUCCUCAUCUGGCAAUGAAAAAACAAAACAGAUUUCUCUCGUUGUCACUCAAUGUUUGUCGCUCCCCAUUGAGGUUGUCUUAAAGCCCCUCAGGUUCAGCUUGUGUUUGGGUCUGUAAGGGUUAAAGUAUUUUAACGCUCCACUGAACUCCAUACUGUACUCUGUCUGAGCUGAUAUCUAGCUGUCCAACCCCAAACUGACCAAUAACCCCUACUCCUAAGUACUUCACAUAUAGUGACUAUCUGCAAGGAGUGGAUAGAUGUACUCAAUAUGGUAAUAGCUCCACUCUUUCCUUUGAUAGGCUUGCUGGAACUUCCACCACAAUACUUCCACCUACCCAAUCCUUUCAGAUGAACAUACGUGCAAUAGGGGUAGGACCUAAAGGUGGCUUUGGGACAGGGUACACGGCUGUCCUACUCUCUCUCUCUCAGCUGGUCCAGAACUCAGAGCCAGGCUCUGGUCUCUCUCAAUAAGCUGGUCUGUCGGUUGGUGGAAAUGUUGUUAAAGCGUUCCUAACAAAAUGAGUCAUUGUUGUGCAAUAAAAAGAUGAGCGCA